AUGUCAACAGUGGAAGAAUUAAAAUUUAUUUGGAAUUUUUUGUUUUCAGAUAUUACAUCACCAAAAAAUAAUCAGGAAAUAGAAAAUGAAAAAAAAUAUGAAGAAAAUAUUAAUUUACUAAAAAAAUUAAUGAGAACAGAAAACAUAAAAUUUGAACAAAAAUAUAAUGCAACAAGUAUAUUGGAUAAAUUAAAAGAGGUUCAAGAUGUUAGAUAUGAAGAUAUUUUAAAUGAAUAUGCAAAAAAUUUUUUAAAAUUUUUAAAAGAGUCAUUUGAAAACGUAGCAGAAGAAAUUCAGAUAAAUGAUAAAAUAUCAUUUAGAAGAAAUGAAUUAAUAAAACAGGAUUUAAAUAACAAAUUACAAAAUUUAAAUAAUAAUUAUAAUUUAGAAUAUAUUAAUUUAAAUAAAUGUUUGGGAACAGAAGAUUUUGAAAAUCAAUUAAACGCAAGUUUAAAAUUUAACUCAUUGAAAGAUAUUUUAAGUAAAUUAUUAAUAGAAAUGAAAGAUUAUGAAAAUCAAUAUCACAAUUUGUCUGAAACAGACAAAUUUUUAGAUAUGAAAAUAUUUGAAGUUGAAAAUUAUUUAAAUAAAAAUGAUUAA